AUGGCUAGUGCUAAAAAUUCUAAUGGAAUUGUAAUAUUUGGUGAUGACGAUAUGAGAACUCUCAUUUCGCUUAUCUCAUCUCCAUAUGAAGAAAUAGCCUUAAAAUCGAUGAAGAUUAUCCAGACAUAUAACACUACAAAAACCUAUACAGCCUCUUAUCGCGUGCCAUGUUUACAUCUAGGAGAGCAUCUAGUUCUAAAAUGUGGUUUAAUGCGAGAAUUAGCCAAAGUAGCUACUAUCAGUAAAUCGACUGCGUUCCUUCAAAGCGUUGCUGCAACCAUUAAUACUUUGGAUUGGACAGUCUUUCGUAGCUUUAAGGAUUACCAUGCUGACGUCCUACGAAUGACAAUUAAAGCACUGACUAAAAUGACAAAAUUUGAUUCACAACAUGUUAGGGAAGUUUUUCAGUCCUUGCCAGUGACGUUAGAAGUUCUAAAAAGCGAAUCACCGCGUUUAUUUGAUAUUACCGUAAAACUACUAGAACUCAUUGCAAGAAGAGUUCGAUUUCGUUCACAAACGAAGUUAUUAAUUGGUUCCAAAAUCAUAAUUUACCUGAAAACAAUGCUACAGAAUCCAGGCUUUUGCAAUAUAUCACAAUUUCGAGUACUUUUUAAGGUGCUAGAUGAUUUUUCCGCAACAAAUGAUGCCCUAUUACAAAAGCUCAUUAGCGAUUCUGAAACUUUAACUACAAUUCUAUCCUGCGCCGAACAAGACUUCAUCUAUUUUCGAACAACGGCUUGGAGUAUUGUAUUUCGAAUUAUAACAACUGCCACCUCAGAACAAAUCCAAUAUUUGCUAGAUCAAUCUAAUCUGAAAUAUUAUCUUUGUAACCAAUUACUAAAUACAGCUAGCAUUGAGAAUCUUCGCAAAACCCUAAAUGCUAUGGCUACAAUAGCUACCAAGUGCAAGCGAUUUCCAAGCUUGUCCGAUGAUAUGAAAGCAACUGUAAUAUCUAGAAUUGACGCUAUAUACAAGGAAAACCGCGAUAUUAAUUCUAUAUCUGAACCAGCUCAGAAAUUACGACGUCUCAUGAAAACGAAAAAGGUUAAAAAAUUCGAUAUCGGAUGUACAAUAACUUAA